CGCGUCCGUCCAAACCCCAGUAGGACUUUCGAAUGGUGUGAGCGGUAUCGAAGGGCAUUCUCGGUGGUUCUGCUCGUCUGUCCAUCCUUCCAUCCCCCGCCGCAGACAGCCACAGCCCGCCGCCAUCACAUCACCCACGAGAAACGGCGCAAGAACUAGGAGGGAACAUCUGUCCACAAGAGAGAAAAAACUUGCGCCUCUGUAACAUCACUUGUUUCCCGUCGUCACAGAAAGUCUUGUGUCACCGCCAUGAGAACCACAACCAUCACAUGCAUUCUUGCCACCUGCUGCCUCGCCCUCCUCAUGCAGUGGGCGGCAGCGGCUCCCAGGUGUAAGAUCCACGACCGCACGUCACACGACAACUGCAAAUAUGGCACGGCGAGGGACUGGUGUCGGAACACGGUCUGUGCCAAGGGACCGGGGGAGUCCUGCGGAGGCUACAGGUGGGAGAACGGGAAGUGCGGCCUCGGGAUGAUAUGCUCCUGCGGGCGGUGCUCCGGCUGCUCCAUCAUCGACGGCACGUGCUCGCCCCACUCGAUGGUCUGCGUCUCGAAUUAGAGCUCGAGAAGAUGCCAAGGAGAGGAGCGAGGGAGCAGCAGUGCCUCUAAGGACCACGACAGCGUCUCCGGCAGGCGCGCGACCGCCCAGCUCUCGGUUUGCCUCGAGUCGACGGCGCUUCCAACUUUACCGGAGAGUGAAAAGGCGUCUACUUUAGUUUAUAUAUUGUUGCAUGUUACAUAUAUGCGCUUGUGAUAUAUUAAGUACAAAUAUUAUUAUAAGAGUUGUACGGGGUAUAUAGCAACGUAGUUAAGACAGUAGACCCGGCGGGAGCACCUUGCCCGUCCUUCCCCUCGUGGGUUGGCCAGCUGCAGAAAGACUGCUGUUCCUCUCUGUCUCUCUUUCUUUCUUUCUUUCCUUCUCUCUCUCUCUCUCUCUCUCUCUCUCUCUCUCUCUCUCUCUCUCUCUUUCUCUCUCUAUCUCUCUGUUUCUCUUUUUUUUUUCUCUCUUCCUCUUUUCUUCCUUCUCUCCUCCGUUCGACCUUUCCCUUCUCAAGUCUGUCCCUCAGCCCUCCUUAUCAGCCAGGCCCUCUCUGGCACCUCCUCUGCAGGUUAUUCCAUAGUUUUAUGCAUCACUGCCUGACAAUGCAAUGCUCUGAGAGCGAAUUAUGUCAGUGAGGUUCGGCGUUCGAGCCCCAAGCUUUAAGUUUAUUUUAUGUUGUCUCAAGUGUAUAAUGGUAUAUACGUAUCGUAGUGGAAUUUUACUUGUUAGGACCACCAUUGUGAUCACACUAUCACUAACAAUUUUGUUUCGCUAUGACUAAAAGCUGUAAUGUUCAGAAACAGCUGUAGUUGAUGAACAGGCCUGACAACUCUCUUCUCAUGUCAACAUUCUCCACCCCCAAAAAACGAGUAAUUUAUUACUAAAACUGUAAAACCAUCAUUGUCUCAUUCAUACAUCGAUUUCGUAAGAUUUUCCUUGAAGUACCUCUACCCAAGUUCCCCAAGUCUGUAUUCUUUGUGCAUCUUUCCAUUUAGGUUUUGCUGCAAACGUAUUGGUUUCUUGGAGACUCUGUUGUUUAACUGUACAAACUGAACGACCUUCUCUGACAUAUAGUAUAACUGUAGGCUACACGACUUAGAUGAUUUUCAUGAAUGAACACCAUCACAAGGAGGGUUCUUGUCCAUCCUAUGCCCCGGCCCUCUGUGAUCAUUGAGCAGAAGAAUGAAAUAUUGUGAAAUAUUUCCUAUGUUGUACCAUUGUAAGCAGGGGUCAUGUACAUGUUCCCGGGAUCGAAACAUACGAUUCGUUCGAGAUAUCUCUUGUCAUCAUUCAAAACAAUCAAACAAACCAAUAAACGGCUGAAGCGACACCUUCUAUCUUCAUUUUGACAACAGGAAUAUCCAGCAUUCAUAAUUCAGCACAAAAAAAGGCAAAAAGUCGUGUAUGUCUGUCUGCAAUAUCAAUAACAAAGAAGAAAAAAAAGAUAAAUAAAAACAGCCUCUACGGAAUCUCGAACGAAUCUCAUGUACAUUCAAAGCGACCAGAGAAGGACCUGGCGAGUCAAGCAUUCUGACCAAGCAUCCAUGUACCUGAUUCCUACCUGUGGUUCCUCUGUGUAGCGGCCAGACCUGUUGGUGUGGCUCCUUGGCACAAUAAAGACCGCAAAUCAGUCCACAAA